ACAAAAUAAUUUGGAAAAAAAUCAAAUCAAAUAGCAGCCUUCAACAACUAUUGCUGGCCUGAACGAAACGAGUGUCAUCAGAGAAGGAGACAUGUGUAGCCUACUCAAGGUGACCUCAAACUGAUUAACUGUCACUAUAGUACUUAGUAUUCUCCCCACAUUUCAAUGACAUGUGAAUUGAAUUGAAUUGAAUUUUUAUUAAUAAUCUGGAUAGCAGCUUACAAGAGCUGAAGUAUACAGAAUUAUUUACAGUAGAAAUACCCAAUAUACAAAUUGUUGUGAUGAACACUUACUUUAGACCGAUUACUAAUUUAUAUAUUCUAUUACUAGUGAUUUACAUUUGAUUGACAUUUAAUUACGUAGGCUUAAAAUUGGGGUAUCAUAUAUCUGCACGGACAUCAUUAGAAUGAAGGCAAUGAUACAAGUUAAACUGCUAACCUGUAACUGUAUUUGUUUGUGUGAAUCAACACGAGGAUAUUGGCACAGAAAUCGAAUUGUGUUUGCGCACAAUAUUACUUGUGACAAUAAAUACGAUAUACCAAUAUCCAGUCGUGCUGCGUAGUAAUACGGGCGUAUUGUCGAUUCGACGAACCAUAAAAUUCGAUUUCUUGAUUACCGUUGGCGAGUGGAAUUGGCGAUAUAUGUUAGAUCAGAUGUGAACAGUGAAAUAUUGUGAACAAUGACAGAGGUUUCAGAGGAAUACGCAAAAGCCAAAAUUAGUCGACGCACAGCAAAGGCCGCGCUCGCGCGGAUUGGAAAGGCCGCAGAACAUGAAGUCGCCCAUAAAAGACCACAGAAGGAGGUGCGCGACUCCCUAUUAAAGUUAAGUAAAGCCUUUGAUGCGCUUGUUUUGAAGCAUGAGGAAUUAACAAAUUUAAUCACAGAUGAUAAAGAGUUUGAAAAGGAAGAAACAUGGUUAACAGAGUGUCAAGAAUCCUUCUUAAGAACCGAAUUAAGGGUAAAAAUGUAUCUGGAAAGUAUCGAAGAUGAAAUUUCGAAAACAGAUUUGCCGCAGCCUUCAGGAAUGAUUGGAAUGCAAAAUGAAAACGCGCCAGAGACAACACUUUGAGGCAAGACACGGGUGUUGACACGAGCGAAGUUACAACGGCUACGGGCGGAAAUGGGAGUGAUGAAACGCAUGAUGUGUCGGAUGUACAAAUCGCACCUAGUAACAACCAGGAGACAACGAAUGAAAAAAAAUCCUGUGGGUUUCAAAUGGAGAAGCCAAAGUUACCAAACUUCUCAGGAGAUGUCAGAGAAUAUGUGAUCUUUCGGGCCGACUUUAAAAACACGAUCAAAUCGAGAUAUAGUAAACGGGACGCAAUAACUUUGUUACGAACAUGUUUAAAAGGCAAACCUCUAGAGCUGAUUCAAGGCAUUGGGUCAGAUUAUGACGCUGCGUGGGAGUAUUUGGACUCCAUCUACGGGGACGUGGGACAUGUGUCGGAUACAAUAACGCAGGAUAUUGCCCAGUUUAAAACUUUGCAAGAGGACGAAGAUGCACGCUUCUGCGACCUUGUACAUCUAGUGAGGCGAUCCUAUAACACUUUGAAAGAAGUCGGUGCGCCAAGUGACCUUGAUAAUAGUCAUAUGCUAGUGAUGAUAGAAAAGAAGAUGUGUCCUAGUGACAGAAAGAUAUGGUCAAGAGAUCUCGAAAGGGAACGCAAGCCUGCAACAUUCAACGGUUUGAUGGAAUGGAUGACAGUAGAAAUGAAGUCAAGGAUGAGAGCGACCGCACCAAUUAGAAAUGCAGUAACUAGUCGUCGAAGCGUAAACCAUUUCAACUCUGGUAAAGAUCAAAAGGAACGACAUAAGUGUUGGUUAUGCAAAGACCCUACACACUGGCCUGAUCAUCGUCCGAAGUUUCAGUCAAUGAGUGUGGACGAGAGGAUAAGUAUAGCCAAGUCAAACCAUGUCUGCUUCAGCUGCUUAAAACGAGCUGGUCGAGAACACAAGCAAGCUAACUGCAAAAGAAGGCGCCAGUGCAUUAAGACAGAAAAUGGAGAACAGUGUGCUCACUAUCAUCACCCAUUAUUACACAAGAGUAAUACAGUCAACAUUGGUAUCGCAUCAUUACAUGAGAAUGAAGAAGCUAUGCUUCCGGUUACUACAGCGGAUAUAUUUGGUUCGAACAGUCUUCGUAAACGCGGCAACGUACUUUUCGAUUCUGGUGCCCAGGUGAGUCUGAUCAGGCAAGAAACUGCAGAUAACCUCAAACUCAAGGGAAAGGAAAUUUCGGUUACCAUAACGAAAGUUGGUGGUCAGGAAGAAGAAUACACACUAAAGUUUACAACGUCCCAGUCAUCGCAGUGAGUGAUAAAAGAACAUAUUCGGUAAAGGCAAUCGGAAUCCCAGUAAUUAGUUACGAGAACAGUAGAAUUGACGCGACUAGCCUCGUAGAGCAACUUGGCCUGUCUGGAGAAAGAAUAAGAAGAAACAAGGGACCAAUUGAUCUCUUAAUCGGAAUAGAUCACGCUCAGUUACACACUGGUCCAACAAAGCAAAAGGAUCACAUCGUCGCAAGAAAAUCUCCAUUAGGAUGGGUGUUGUUUGGCAACAAAUCAGGGGCAUCGGCGCCAGGAGAAACAGCAAAAGUCCUCCACGUAAAGUAUACACCACCAGUCGACAUAUCCGAGUUUUAGCGAACAGAAAGCAUGGGUGUCCUCGUUAAACCGUGCACUUGCGAAGCGGAUAAACUAAGUCAAAUUGAAAGGGAAGAAAAGGUAAUGAUUGAAAAUUCAGCACAGAAGAUUGGCAAUCAGUGGAUGAUCGCGUAUCCCUGGAAAAAGGACCCAAGAUCGUUACCUGAUAACAGAGAGCAAGCUUUGAAGCGACUCGAAUCAACAGAACGCCGUCUUGCAACGAACCCAGACCAAGCCAAAGCCUACCAGGAACAGAUGGUUCAAAUGGAAGAGAUGAAAUUCUCGCGAAAGCUAUCGACGGAAGAAAUGGAAAAGUACGAACGUCCUGUGCAUUAUAUAUCACACCAUGCUGUUAUACGACCGGAGAAAAAAAGCACGCCACUCAGAAUUGUUUUUAAUUCGUCCGCAGUGUACAAAGGAAGCAGAUUGAAUGAUUAUUGGAAAAAAGGGCCUGAUCUGCUUAAUGGCCAGUUCGGGGUGAUUCUGCGUUUUUGAGAGAAUGAAGUUGCGAUCAGUGGCGACAUAUCAAAGAUGUAUCAUCGCGUACGUAUUCCAGUUGAAGAUCAGCACGUCCAUCGGUAUUUAUGGCGAGACCUCAAAGUAGAUCAAGAGCCAGACACCUACGUGAAGACCGUAUUGACGUUUGGGGAUAAACCGGCGCCAGCUAUGGCUCAGAUCGCACUCCAGAAAACAGCUGAAGAGAAUCAAGAGUUGUAUCCACAAGCGGCAAAAGCGAUCAAGGCCAACUCAUAUAUGGAUGACCUAUGUGAUUCACUCGAUUCCGUACAGCAAGCUCGGAAACAAACUGAGGACAUCGACAAGAUUUUGAAAACUGGAGGGCUCUGCGUGAAGGAGUGGAUAUGGAAUAAGACACUGGAUGAAGAAACAAGCAAUGAAGAAACAACGAUAAAAAUGCUCGAAGGAGAUAAAAUACUGGGUUUGGAAUGGAAACAUAAAGUUGACAAGUUUUCGUACAGGGUGACCUUUCCAGCAUAAAGAACGAAGAUGAAUCAAAGAUUACAAAAUCAUCGCUCACUAAAAGAAUUAUCCUUAGCCGAAUUGCAAGAAUUUACGACCCAAUUGGCUUUGCGGCAGCCGUUCUUAUUCGAGCGAAAAUAGGAAUUCAAGAAUUGUGGAUGAUGGGUCAAGAUUGGGAUCAGAAAUUGCCAGAGGAGAUAUGCAAAAAAUGGCACGAAUUUUUCAAGGAACUAGAACACUUAAAUUCAGUCGACUUUCCACGUUGUUUAACACCUUCAUUAGCCAUGGGGGUUCCAAUGUUAUGUGUGUUUGCAGAUGCCUCACGAAAAGCCUUUGGCGCUUGUGCAUAUAUUCGAUGGCAGCUCGACCAUGGAAAAUUUGAGUCCAGAUUCAUUGCUGCUAAAUCCAGAGUCGCGCCGCUAAAAGAACUGACGAUUCCUCGCCUAGAGCUACAGUCGGCGGUCUUAGCAUCACGUUUGGGUAAGAGCAUCCGAGAAGAAUCGAGAUUUCAAUUUGAAAGAAUCAUCUACUUUACAGAUAGUCAGAUCGUUUUGGCUUGGAUCCGUAGUCACGCUCGAAAUUACAAACCAUUCGUGUCGUCGAGAGUGGGAGAAAUACAGAGUUAUUCCGAUCCUGCUGAAUGGAGACACAUUAAUGGUGAACUUAACGUAGCUGACGAUGUUUCUCGUGGGGUAGCAGCUUCAGAGUUAAAUGGUCGAUGGGAACAUGGUCCAUCAUUUUUACAACUACCAGAAGAACAAUGGCCCGAAGAGGUAUUGAACACGAAUAAAGAACAACCAGAAAUGGAAAAAGAGCAACGCAAAGUAAAGAAUGUUUUAAGUGUCGUAUCCAUGAGAGCUGAAGAUGUAAUGAAUGUGAAGAAAUUUUCAAGUUGGUGAAGAUUGAUUAGAGUCACAGCGUACGCACGAAGGUUCAUCAAGAAGUGCAGAAAGCGGAAAGAGCAAGCAAGUCAAAAUGAAGAUCAGAGUGUACCAAAUCAGACAUCCUUAUCAGUCCCAGAAUUGCAAGAGUCCGAGCUGUUUUGGAUCAAAGAAGCACAGAAAAGUCUUGUUAAUCGUGUAACACAGGGGGAAUUUAAGUCCUUGACUCCAUUCCGAGAUGAAAACGACGUUCUGAGAGUUGGUGGAAGAGUAUCAAAAGCAGAUGUUUCCUAUGAUACAAAGCAUCCAGUUCUGUUACCCAAUUCACAUUGGAUAUCACUGUUGAUUGUUCGAAAGGCACAUCAAUUUGGUCACAAUGGCGUUGCUGCAACAACAGCCAAGACACGAAGAAAGUACUGGAUCAUAAAGGCUAACGAUUUGGCAAAAUCGGUCAAACGCAAGUGUGUAUUCUGCAAGAUGGCUCAAAAUUUGGAAACCCAAUUCAUGGCAGAUCUCCCAGAUAUCCGUUUGACACCAUUUACCCCGCCGUUUCAUAAUAACGCUUGUGAUUACUUCGGCCCAAUAGUAGUCAAGGUCGGUAGGAAUAAGACAGCAAAACAUUACGGCGUUUUAUUCACCUGCCUAAAUACCCGAUCAGUCCAUCUCGAAUUAGCCGUCGAUUGCUCAACAAUGGAAUUUUUGCAAGUUCUAUGCAGAUUCUUCGCAAUCCGUGGAACCCCGGCCGUGAUGAUCAGCGAUAAUGGCACACAGUUUGUUGGAGCAGAAAAGGAAUUAAAAGAAAUGCUAAAGGGUUAGACGAUGGAUGAAUUGCGUGAAUUUUGUUCAGAAAAGGGAAUGAAAUGGAGAUUUACAACUCCGAAAGCUCCUCACCAUAACGGAUGCGCAGAAGCGUUAGUGAAAACCUGCAAGAAAGCUUUAAAGAAGGUAUAAUUAUAUGGUUUUAAUACGACAGGAUUGGUCAAGUAGAUGUAACAUAAUGGACAUAUGAUCUGAUUGUCCAAUAGCAGGAAAAAUUUCGGGUUCUUCAUACCAGUGUUUCAUAUUGGUAAGGAUCAUAUCUAAAGUCGCUUUUCCACGAGUUGGUUUCUUAACAAUUUGUUUUAAAGACGAAUUUCUGCAAAGUUGUUUAGUGUCAAAUUGAUUGAAGUCGCCCAUGACAAUAACACCUGCUCUAGGAAAUUGCGAUAAGAUUUUGUCCAGGGAUGCAAUCAUAUACUCAUAUAGUUCGUUGCCAUCUGCGUGGGGUGGAUGGUACACCACACAAACAAGAAUACAUGAGGUUUCUCUGAGAAGUCCAUAAGGUCUCAGUUUGAAUCACAAACACUCAUGGUUGGGGCAACCAAGGUUUGGAAGGGUCACGAAAGGUAUACAAGAUUUCAUGAAUACGCAAACUCCUCCACCUCGUUUCUCAACACGGUCGUUUCGAACUAAAUUAUAUCCCUGGAUAUGUACACCGCUGUCAGGAACAUUUGAAUUUAACCAAGUCUCAGUUAUUCCAGCAAGAUCUACUUCGUUUGUUUUUAAGACGACAUCUAAUUUAUCAAUUUUAUUCGUUAUAGCACGCACAUUAGAUAGGAAAAAUUUUGGCAGUUGUAUGACUAUCGUUGGGACUGGAUUACUUAGAGUUUUCGGUAUUUUAACUAAAUUAUGAUAAGUACCUCCUCUUUUCUUUACGUUUCGAUUUCUUUGGAAGUUUGUAAGUCGGAUCGGAAUCUUCUUUAGGAUAGGGGUAUCUAAGGUGGGGUACCCUACAGUUUCUCGAAAAUUUUAAUGCACAUUUUAAAUGCACAUUCUAAACGUUUGACUAGAAGAC